AUGCCAUCAGUUCCACCAUUUGACCCAUCCUUGUCAUCAUAUGAGCAACUUCAUGAAACCUCAUUAGGUGAACACCGCCAGCAACACCAACAAUCUUCUCACUCUUCCCAUGCCUCCAAUCCUUCUCAUGGAGCACAAGGCUCGCUGAACGUCCAGCACGAGUCUGCUAUCCCUACUGGCUACUCAAUUCCACCUCCAAUUGGUGAAACUAGCUCAAAUUAUUCUAGUGGACCAACCCCUUCAAAGAGUGAAUUGCAUCAAGGUGCUACCACUUCUACUUCUAGCUAUGGUCACAACAGCAACACCAACAACAACAACAACAAAUCCACCUCGUCAUCACAUGCUGCUGCUGCUGCUGGUGGUGCUGGUGCUGCUGGUAGUACUGGUAAAUACACUGGUUCCGGCUCUGAUGCUGGUGCUGGCUUAUCCCACACUGCUACUGGUCGUUACACCGGAUCUGGCUCGGGUUCGGGUUCGGGCUCGGGCUUGACCUCCGGUUCUACUGCCGGCUCCGGUGCUGGUUACACUUCCGGAGUUGCAUCUCAUGCUACUUCAGCAUUGAAGUCAGAUGCUGAUCCAAACCAUCCAAUUCACGAAGCUGAAGAUUUCUUGACCGAAUUGUUAACUUGGAAGAACCCAGUUUACACUGGUAAAGUCCUUGGAUUUACACUUUUUGGAUUGAUUCUCUUCAAAUCCAUUGAUUUGGUUCGUAUCUUUUUCAAGGUUUCCUACAUUACUUUGUUGUUUUCGGCUGGAGCUGAAUAUAUUGGUAAAGUAUUCACUGGUCAAGGGUUUGUUUCCAAUUUUUACAAGAAUUACUCAACUUCUUUUGCCAAACCUAUCAACAAGCAUCUUUUACCUUUGAUUGGUGAGUUGAAUGUUGCUGUUGAACACCACUUGAACUAUAUUCUUUACUCAAGAAAUGUUGAAACAACCUUGAAGUUUGCUGGUAUUUCAUACAUCUUUUAUCAAUUGACUUCAGUUGUUUCUUUGUUUGCCUUGACACUUGUUUCAGUUAUCUUGUUGUUUACUAUUCCACCAGCUUACCUUGCCAACAAGAAACAAGUUGAUGCAUUUGUUGGUGAAUACACUGCUUGUUUCAAACAACAAGUUGGAAAAGGUGUUGAUCAACUCCAUGGCGCUUUAAAGCAAACUCCAAUUGGUCCUUACUUGCAAAAAUUUGCUCCAAAGAGAACUGCCGGAUCAACUGUUGGUGACUCAAAGGCAACUUCUUAUGGUACCGAAGCUGAUACUCAUGGCGUCAAUGUCCAUGUACCUGUUGGCUCUACCACUUCUUCAUCAUCCACUACUGGAGGUGCUGAUUUGAGAGAAAGAAACACACAAGGAUCUGCCAAGGGUACCUACUAUUAA